UACUGAGCAACCAAUAGCAGCCGACUAGAGGAGGGGCUAAACAGCUCUGACAAGCACACUUGAGAAGGGUAAACAGAUCUCGCCUCAUGGACGCAGAUACAGCGCGAAAAGAGAGCUGGACAGUGAACACAGCUACAUAUUUGCCAAUUCUGGGGUAGGUGUAAAGAGGAACCAACAUGGCAGGCGACAUGUUGUUGCUGAUGAGAGGCCUAGCCAAGCUCAGCCAGGCAGUGAUCGAGACUCAGGCCAGCUCUCUGCGCAGUAGUGGCUUCCAAGCUGUGAGCAUGCAAAUGACGGCUGAACAGGGCAUGAGCGUGGCCAUGCAGAAGAUUCAGGAGUUCACAGGCGGUCAGCAGAGUGUUUCUGAUUUCAACACAGACAUGGACUCCAAGUAUGACUUCUCAGCUUCAGAGGAGAACCUUGAGAGCACAGCACAGGGAGGUUUGGACAGUGAUUCAGUUUUCAGGGACGCUAACACAGGUGCUGCGCACACAUACAGCCAGGCCUCAGGAAAGUCAAAGCUGUUCGAAGGCUACAAGGACCCUACAAGCCAGUUUACUGGACAAACGCGGUCCUAUCACCAGGACCACUCUUCUGUGGGAGGCAUCACAGCUGAAGACAUAGAAAAAGCCAGGGAGGCAAAGCGAAACAGCUCCAAACCACAUAAACAAAUGCUUAGUGAAAGAGCAAGAGAGCGAAAGGUACCAGUCACACGGCUUGGGAGACUAGCGAAUUUUGGAGGUCUUGCUGUGGGUUUGGGUAUUGGAGCUUUGGCAGAAGUGGCAAAAAAAAGCCUAAGAUCAGAGGAGAAGAAUGGUGAAAAGAAGGCCGUUUUGGACAGCAGCCCCUUCCUUUCAGAGGCCAACGCGGAGCGUAUCGUCAGGACAUUGUGUAAAGUGCGUGGCGCGGCCCUCAAGCUCGGCCAGAUGCUCAGUAUACAGGAUGAUGCAUUCAUCAACCCACAGCUGGCCAAGAUCUUCGAACGUGUGCGUCAGAGUGCUGACUUCAUGCCCAUCAAACAGAUGAUGAAAGCCUUGAACAAUGACCUGUGCCCAAACUGGAGGGAUAAACUAGAUAUGUUUGAGGAAAGACCCUUUGCUGCUGCCUCUAUUGGUCAGGUCCAUCUGGCCAGGAUGAAAGACGGUCGAGAGGUCGCCAUGAAAAUCCAAUACCCUGGAGUCGCACAGAGCAUCAACAGCGAUGUGAAUAACCUGAUGACGGUCCUGAGCAUGAGCAACGCCCUUCCUGAAGGUCUGUUCCCGGAGCAUUUGAUAGAUGUGAUGCGACGUGAGCUGGCGCUGGAGUGUGAUUACAUAAGAGAAGCCAAGUGUGCUCGGAAAUUCAAGGAACUUCUGAAAGAUCAACCCUUCUUCUACGUGCCAGAGGUAAUCGAUGAACUCAGCAGCCAGCACGUCCUCACCACCGAAUUGGUGCCUGGAUUUCCCUUGGAUCAGGCUGAUGGACUUUCACAAGAGUUGAAAAAUGAGAUCUGCGAGAACAUCCUGAUGCUGUGUCUGAGGGAGCUGUUCGAGUUCAGAUACAUGCAGACGGAUCCCAACUGGUCCAAUUUCUUUUAUGAUCCACAAACCAACAGGGUUGCUUUGCUGGACUUUGGUGCAACAAGAGGGUUUGAUGAGAGUUUCACUGAUGUUUAUAUUGAGAUCAUCAAGGCUGCAGCAGAUGGUAAUCGAGAAGAAGUGCUGAAGCGAUCCAUAGACAUGAAGUUCUUGACUGGUUAUGAGUCAAAGGCCAUGGAAAAUGCCCAUGUGGAUGCUGUGAUGAUCCUGGGUGAGGCUUUUGCCUCCAAGGAGCCAUUUCAUUUCGGGGCGCAGAGCACCACAGAGCGCAUCCACAACCUCAUCCCCGUCAUGCUGAAACAGCGCCUCAUCCCUCCACCUGAAGAAACCUACUCCCUGCACCGCAAAAUGGGCGGCUCCUUCCUCAUCUGCUCCCGCCUGAAUGCUAAGCUAAGUUGCAAAAAUAUGUUUGACAAGGCCUACAGCAAUUACUGGAGCAACAAGAAAAAAGGACCAAGCCAGUGACGGAUAGGGCUUGUCAAACAGGAGAAACACGGAUAAGCACAAAAUGCUCUGGCCAAUCACUCGAAUGUAAACAAAUGGCACUUUUGUCUCGACUGACCCAGCCGUACCAUCAUACAUGUUUGUUUUUGGCUUUUGUUUUUCCUUUUGAGUGUUUUAAUGGGAAAUAAUAUCCAUGAUUUAUCCAUGGUCGUGUGGUGCAAAGAUUGCGAUUCAAACGGAUGUAUCUAUGUGCCUACGGAAACUCCUAUUGGUUACUCAUCAGGUGUGGCGAUUGGCUGUAGAACGUUUCAUAACCAAGCCAGUUUUUUCCAGGUUGCUGGACUACAUUUGUGAGGACCGUCUCCCUAAAUCAGUAUAUUAACUCUGUUUAUUGUUUGAGAAAGCAUUACAAUGUGUAUUUUUCUCUUUUUUUUUGGUUUGUGAUUUGUGAAUAUUACAGACAAUAUUGGCCAAAGUAUGAAAAAGGGAAGUCCCUGAAUGAAAAGAUCGGAAGUCAGGGCAGGUUUUGAUGCUACAGUCACAUAUUUGUUAUCAGUGUGUAGGUUGGCUACAAGCUUGCUUGUUUUAGCCUGUUAAACCACCACAACUACUUUGUCAUAAUGCAUUUUAAAAAGCUAGGAUAUUAAUAAUGAUGGGAUGAGGUAUCACUUCUCUGAUGUGUGAGAUGUACAUGAAUUUAAACGUGCCUACAUGAAGGUAAGAACUUGAAAGCAUUAUGGUUUGAUAUCAGAGCAUUGAUGGAAAAUGUGUUUUUCUAAUGUUCCUGCUAUUGGCUUUCUUACUAAAAAAAUGGUGAUAAAAUUGUC